UUGCUCCGGCAUGGAGAGCUGUAACCCCCUCACAAGUGAAAGGAUGGAAGCAUGGCUGGACGAUCACUUGGACUUCGCUCACUCCUACUUUGUAAGGAAAGCCACGAGGGAGAUGGUUAACGCCUGGUUUGCUGAGAGAGUCCACUCCAUUCAGCCCUCCAGAGAGGGAGUGAAAGCCCAGCCCGAGCCCUGCCCGCUGUUGCUCCAGGGUGCGCGCCCUGAGGGCCCCGCCCCUUCCCCCGCUCCCGGCACCCCCACCCGGAAGAUCUCGGCGUCGGAGUUCGACAGGCCGCUGCGACCCAUCGUGGUGAAGGACUCGGAGGGCUCCCUGACCUUCGUCAGCGACUCGGAGAGGGUGCAGAUGCCCCUCAGGUCCCAGCGUUCGGAGGCCGGCGAGGGGCCGCAGGGGGGCGAUCGCUGUGCCCACCUGCUGGAGCUGGUGAGGGACGUGUCCAGCCACCUGGACGUCACCGCGCUCUGCCACAAGAUCUUCCUGCACAUCAACGAGCUGAUCGCCGCCGACCGCUACUCCCUCUUCCUGGUGUGCGAGGACAGCUCCAACGAGAAGUUCCUGGUCAGCCGGCUCUUCGACGUGGCCGAGGGCUCCACGCUGGAGGAAGCCUCCAACAGCUGCAUCCGGCUGGACUGGAACAAGGGCAUUGUGGGACACGUGGCUGCCACCGGGCAGCCUCUGAACAUAAAGAACGCCUACGAGGACCCCAGAUUCAAUGCAGAGGUUGAUCAGAUCACGGGAUACAAAACCCAGAGCAUUCUCUGCAUGCCGAUCAAAAACCAUAGAGACGAGGUGGUUGGAGUGGCGCAGGCCAUCAAUAAGAAAUGUGGAAACAAUGGCACUUUUACUGAACAAGAUGAAAAGGACUUCUCCGCCUACCUGGCAUUUUCUGGGAUCGUUCUCCACAACGCGCAGCUGUAUGAGACGUCACAGCUGGAGAACCGGCGGAAUCAGGUGCUGCUGGACCUGGCCAGUCUGAUCUUUGAGGAGCAGCAGUCUCUGGAGGUCUUGCUGAGGAAGAUCGCCGGCACCAUCCUGUCCUUCAUGCAGGCGCAGUGCUGCACCGUCUUCAUCGCCGACGGAGACUCCAUGAACUCCUUCUCCAGCGUGUUCCAUAUGGAAUAUGAGGAACUUGGCGAGUCUGUUGAGGUCCCCAAAAGGGACUGUGAUGUGAGUAAGAUCAACUACAUGUAUGCGCAGUACGUGAAGAACACCAUGGAGCCGCUGAACAUAGGGGACAUCACCAAAGACAAGCGCUUUCCCUGGACGAGCGAAAGCACAGAGCACUCCAGGAGGCCGGUGAAGAGCUUACUCUGCACCCCUAUCAAAAACGGGAAGAAGGAUAAGGUCAUAGGUGUCUGUCAGCUGAUGAAUAAGAUUGAAGAGGCCUCAGGGAAAAUCAAAGCGUUUAACCGGAAUGACGAACAGUUCCUGGAGGCCUUCGCCAUCUUCUGUGGCCUGGGCAUCCAGAAUACUCAGAUGUACGAGACUGUGGAGAGGGCAAUGGCCAAGCAGGAAGUCACCCUCGAGGUUCUUUCCUAUCAUGCCUCUGCAGCCGAGGAAGAGUCGCGGGCGCUGCAGGUAACCGCGGCAGCCUCCGUUCCCUCGGCUCAGUCUCUCCGACUGCUGGACUUCAGCUUCAGUGACUUCGACCUAUCAGACGCUGAGACCACACAGGCCACCAUCCGCAUGUUUGUGGACCUCAACCUGGUGCAGAACUUCCAGAUGAAGUACAAGAGCCUUUGCCACUGGAUCCUAAGUGUGAAGAAGAACUACAGGAAGAAUGUGGCGUAUCACAACUGGAGGCACGCCUUCAACACCUCCCAAUGCAUGUUUGCGGUCCUCAAGUCAGGCAGGAUACAGUGUAAACUGAAUGACUUGGAGAUCCUGGCUCUUAUGAUCGCCACUCUGAGUCAUGACCUGGACCACCGAGGGGUCAACAACUCUUACAUACAGAGGAGUGACCAUCCCCUGGCCCAGCUCUACUGCCACUCCACCAUGGAGCACCACCACUUCGACCAGUGCCUGAUGAUCCUCAAUAGCCCAGGGAAUCAGAUCCUGAGUGGUCUAUCUUUGGAUGAAUAUAAAGCCACCCUGAAGAUGAUUGAGAAAGCUAUUCUGGCCACAGACCUGGCACUCUACAUGAAGAAAAGAGGUGAAUUCUUUGAUCUCACCAAGAACAAUCAGUUUGCCUGGGAUGACGACUGUCACAGAGACUUACUGAGGUCGAUGUUGAUGACAGCAUGUGACGUUUCUGCCAUCACAAAGCCUUGGCCUGUGCAGAGAAGGAUAGCCGAGCUUGUCGCCACUGAAUUCUUCGAGCAGGGAGACAAAGAGAGGCAGGAGCUCAACAUAGAGCCCAUUGAUCUGAUGAACCGGGAGAAGCGGGAUAAGAUUCCUAGCAUGCAGGUGUCCUUCAUUGAUGCCAUCUGCACGCAGCUGUAUGAGACCCUCGCUGGCAUUUCUGAAUCCUGCUCCCCGCUGCUGGAAGGGUGCAGGAAGAACAGGCAGAAUUGGAAGGUCCUGGCGGAGCAGGGAGAGGAGAAGGCAAUGGUCAACGGGGCGUCCUAAAUCUUCCGGGACGCGGGACACUGUCACCCCUGCCCCAAAACCUCCACCUUUUUAAGCUAUGUUUAUUCCUUUAGUCAUCUUUUUGCACAAACGAGAUUUUUGUUUGCCAAAGAGUCUCAGUAUAUAUAUAUAUAAUAUAUCCCUCACACUGAAAGCAUGGGGAGGGGAUGUUAUGAACGGUGAAAACCAGGAUAUUCCUGCAGUCCACUCACCGAGAGAAGAUCCUCUAUGGGAAUCAACACACACACAUACACACACACACACAGCACAGUCUCUCUGAACCACACAAACACGCACUAUGAAGGAAUGAGAGAAUAAUAGCCUUUUUGACAUUUUUCCACAUUGUCUUAACAUCACAUCUUAGUAUUUAUUUGUUUUAUAUAUUUAUUAGUUUUAUACAAAGUCAGUUUCGUGUUGAUAAUAUGAAAGUCUUUUGAGAGAGAGUCUUAUAUUAGAUAUGAGACAAAAAAAAGCUUAUCUGGGGUUUCAGACAGCACAAGGCAACCAAUCUUUUACACACAGUGAAUUCCACACAUGUAACUGUAUAUACAUACGUCAGCUUGUUUUGUACCUUUGGAAGGGUUAGAGCUGUCAUGGUAGACCUGUGUCUGAUGUGGCUGGGGGUUUUUUUUGCUGGACUUCACUGCCAUGCUCUGACGUCAUUAGGCCAGGACAUAAUACAUGCCAGUCGAGUAAGGGACAGAUGUUUCCGGACACCUGCUGUCACCGGGUCUGACAAUGAGCUGUCCAACAGGUGUCCCUUUUUGAUGCCAAUUUUAACACCCUGAGCUGAGAGAGGAUAAGGUUGGGUGUUUGAAGUUCCAAAAUAGAAGUUCAAAGGAUCACCAAAGACAUUGUUGCUGCUAGAGUCUAUUUUGUAUUAAAUAUCACCAUUAGGAGGUUUAUUUGCAUAUCACACACAUUUUUCCUCUUUGAAAUGCCUCGUUGUUGGUUGUGUGCACUUUUAUAAUAUUCAGAUAUUAACAGAAAAAAACUUCCAGCUAUCCAGACAACUGCCCCAUACUGAAAUGGGUGAAAUAAGGAAAGAGGCUGUGUUUCCAUGGCGGCUGGUGCAUCCCAGAAUAAUCUGCCUCACACAGUGAAGGCCUCCAGAGGGCUCCUGCAGACCCAUGCUGUGAUAAGUCACCUUCACACUCCUAUUUAUGUUUGAUGCACAAAAUACUUAACAGCUAGUGACCAUAUAGAUAUCGUAGAAUCUAUAUAUAAGGAACAAUUCACCACCGCCCAAAUGAGUUUCUUACUGUAUCUUUCUGAACUGUGCAGCACUUUGUUUCAGUAGAUCUCUGUGGUCAGAAGACCCGUUUGAUUUCUGUGGUUGUACUUCCUAUCAAAGGUCUCAGACGCCUACUGCUGUUGAUUGGAUAGAAGCUCUGCCUUGCGUUAUUCUCAUCUGUGCUCUGAAAAAAAAAAAACAGUUGCCUUGAUGUAGUAGAAUUGAGGUGAUGCAGUGCUUCAGCAUGUCCAGAGACUGGGGAAAUGGAUGGCCUGUGUAGCGGAAGCUUAAUGCCUCUG